CCCCAGUCUUGCAGAGCCCGCUUGUACGGGCUUUGGAUUCCAAAUGGCAUUUCCCAGCAAGGAUAGGCACAGUCCCCCCCGAGGAGAUUAUGGCCAGCUGGAGGCUAGAAGGCCCGGUCAUAGAUGGAACUGUUUCACAGAACCUCAGACUGAUACACCAAUCCAGGUUAGCCCUCAAACAGAUCUCGGAUUCAGCACCACAGAUGGCCAGCGACUGCACGGACCAAAAACUUGUCAUGUAG